AUGGCAAUUAAUAAAGAUAAUGAAGUAGAAGAAAAUUCUGAGGCAACUAUUGAUGAAACAACACCGGUUGUUUCUCGGGCUCAAUCAAAUUAUAGUACACAACGAACGAAAUUAUUAAUUGCACCAACAAAAUAUGGAGAAAAUCGAGCACAAUAUUUAUGGAGACUAUUGCGAUGUUCGAUUCGUCGAACAAUUGAAGCUGUUUCACGUGCUGAUGAUGCUGAUAUUGAACGAUCACAUGGUCUACAUUUUGUACGAAAUAUAAAUCAUGAUAUUCAAGUUAAAUGUAUUUCAUUUAAUAUUAAACGAAAAGAAAUUAUUAGUUUUGAUCAUAAAAGAAUUGCUCGUAUAUAUCAUUCUGAUGGUCGAGCAUAUAAAAAAUUGAAACUUGAUAUAGCAUUUGAUCAAUUAUUUUAUUGUAUAAACGAAGAUGAAUUUAUUGCUUGGUCACGUUGGUCAAGAGAAAUUCAUGUAUUUAGUUCUGAUCUUGAAAUUUUAUCAACAUCAACUUGUGAUUAUAAUAUUGGUGAUUUAAGUUAUAAUGAAAUGACAUCAGAUGUAUUUACUUGUGGAAGAGGUGUUACUGUUUGGCAAUUUCGUUAUAAUCGAAAACAUUUAUUACCUAAAUUUGAAUGUCGAGAAGGUUAUACAGAUGAUAUAGAGUUUAAUAUAAUGGCUGCUCAACAAACAAAUGGUUCUAUUCAACGAUUAUUUGUUACAUCGGGUUAUGAUGUUUUGGCUUUUAAUGUAGCAGAUGAAGGAAAAGUUUUUUCAACUAAACAAGAUUUACAUGUUCGACCAAUUGUUGGAAUGCUUUUUAUUGAACUACGUGAUGUUCUUGUGACAGCUGGUCGUGAUGGAUCAAUUAAAGUUUGGGAUGAUCGUUGGUUUAUUUUAUAUGCUUAUGUUGGUCAUCAAGAUCGAAUAUUAUGUUUAAGUAAGCAUCCAUUUGGACCUUAUGUUAUUUCGAGUAGUCAAGAUCGAACAAUUCGUGUAUGGAGUCUUGAAUAUGGUGAUGUUGUUGAUGUUAUUAAAGUGCCUGAACCAAUAUCUCAAAUGAAUGUAACGCGAAAUUAUGAAAAAUUUAUUGUAGCAUCAACUAAAUGUUUACAAUUAUGGUGUAUUAAACAUUAUUGUGAUUUUUUAAGUUUUAUUGGAUCACCUAUUAUAAAAAUAAUUUGUACAACACAUCCUGAUUAUCCAACACGAUCGGCUCUUUUAUGUAAAGAUUCAACUGUACGAAUAAUUGCUUCUGCUACUGGUGAUAUAUUAACAAGUCUUGUUUGUGAUUUGAAUUUUAAAGCUACAUCAUGUGCUUAUGCAAUUGGUGAAAAUACACUUUUUGUUAGUAAUGGUAAUAGACUUAUAAAAGCAGAUACAUCAUUAAAUCCUUGUAAAAUUGUUCAACAAUUUGAUACAACAGAAUAUUCAAUUAAUUGUUUAUUAAUUUAUGAAUAUGUAGCAAAGAGUAAUAUGGAAGAAACACCAAUGCUUAAAGCAUUAGUAACCAAGCCAAGUAGUGAAUUAAUACAUAUUGCAUUAAAAGGUUUUAGUCGAACAUUAUUAAUUGCUGGAUUAAAUAAUGGUUGUAUUGCUGUUUUAAAAUGGCAUACUGGAGAAAUUGAUUUUUCUUUGGAUAUGCAUUCUGCUCGUCCGGUUGCUGAUAUUAUUGCACAUGCCAGUGCUGAUCAGAUUAUAUCAUGUGGUGUUGAUUUAAUUAUUCGAAUUUGGCGAGUUUUUCCUUAUGCUGUUGAAUCACUUUCAGUUGUUCGAUCAAUAUUUUGUGCUUUACCACCAGUUCAUUUAACUAUAGUAAAAAAUUCACUUGCUGUUGCUUUUCGAGAAGAAUCAACACUGACACAUUCAUUAAUGGUUUAUAAUUUAGAAAAUAAUGAACGAUUUGAUCAUUUACCAGAAAAUGAUCAUUGUGAUAAAAUAUCAGCAAUAUCUGGUUGUUCAAAAUUAAAAUUAAUUGCUACUGGUAGUCUUGAUGGUACAUUAAGAAUAUGGAAUGGAAAAAAUCAGUUAAUCAGAAUGAUUGUUAUUCAUGAUAAUAUUCAUUCGUUACAUUUUUCAAAUGAUUCUGGAGAUUUAAUUCUUGGUAUAGGUGAUCAUCUAUAUAAAAUGCUACAUUCAUCAUAUUUACCAAAAGCUAUUAUAUUUAAAACAAUAUCAAUGGAAUUUAAACCAACAAUACCAGAAAUAAAAGAAAGUGAAGAAAUCGAUAAUACACAAAUAACUCGUAUGUCAUCAGCAGAUCUUAUUCGUUUAAAACGAGCUCAUAAAGCUGAAAAAAUGCCAUUGAAUAUUGUUCCUGAAAAUGUUGAUAUUUCAGCAUUUCAGGCAAAAUCAGUUGAAGACAUGAAAUUAAAAACUCAAGAGCUAGAAAAAUUAGAAAAACGUGAUUUAGAAAUUGCACAAAUUGCUGAAGGAAAAAUUCAUCGAACUAAAAAAUAUAAAAUAUCAUCAAAAGUUCGAAAAGAAGCUUUUAAUGAAUAUAUGAAAAUUUAUUUAAAAGAACCAAAAAAAGGCUUAUUAGAUGAGGAUAUGUAUAAAUUAACAGAACAAGAAUUAUUUGGUCCACCAAUAACAAAACCUGAUCCGUAUGUGAUUCAAAUAGAUGAUGAUGGAUUUUUCCCUUCAGUAAAAGAAGCAAAUCAAGAUCCUUUAUCAAAAUUCUAUGAAAAACGUCAAGAAAAAUUAUCAGAACUUCAAGAACACUAUCGUAAUCAACCACCAUUUCUUAAUGAUGAUAUUCGUAUUAUUAAACAACAGCAAGAUAAAUAUGAACUUAAAAAAUUACUUAAUAAUAAUGUUGAAAAGAUAACAUUACCUGGUGAUCGUCCUCAAUAUGGACCUGGUGCUAUUGUUCCUAAUUCUGUAUUAGCUAAAUUACUUUGGCCUAAUCGACAACCGAAAAAACAAGAGCGAGAAGAAUGGGUACCACCUGUUUUAUCUGAAGAACAAUUACAAGCAUUAGAAAAAACUACACCAGUUAGUUUAGCAGAAAAAGCUAAAGAAAUUCAAAUUCCUCAAUCAAUUGAUGAAGAAGCUGAAUGGAAAGAAUUAAUAGAAGCAACAAUGAAAAAGAAACUCGCUGCCGAUGAAGAUGAUAUGGAUGAUCGUUUAGAAAAACAGAAAAAGAAAACUCAAAGUGAUUUUAUGAAACAAUUAACUGAUCUUGCACACCAAGUUGUUGAACCAUCACCACCACCACAAGAAGAACCUGUCAUCGAUGAAUCCAAACAACCAGAACCUGGAGCACCUCCAAGUUCAUCACAAACAACUAAUCGAUUAGCUCGACAAACUCCAUUACGACGUCCACCAGUAGUUGUAAAACCUUCUCCACCAUCAAAACCAGCUCGAAUACCUGUCAAACCAUUAAUACCAAUUGUUACUGAAUCAACACAAACAGUCGAAACACGUGUUAAAACUCCACGUCAAUUUUCACCAUCAUUUGUACGUUUUGUUGAUAAACUUAAAGAAUUAAAUUGGUUUGAAGAACAAUAUCCAUUAGUCAAAGUCGACAUUUUUCUUGAAAAUUGUGAUGAAAAUGCAUUUCCAUCUGAUGUAUUACAACGUCUAGAUUUUAUUUCUAAUAUUGAAAAUCGAAUUAUAGUUUUACAGGAACUUGAAAAUUUCUAUCGUACAAAUUCAAUAAAUGAUCAAACACGUGAUACAUUAAUUGAGAGAAUUUUAUUUCAUUUAACUAAAUUUAAUCCACCUAAUUAUGGAAUACAUGAUAUUGAACUUAUUUCAACUUAUCUUCGUUUAUUAGCUCAUUUGAAUAAAAUGACUAUGGAAGUUGUUGCUGAAUUUAUUUAUUGGUAUUUAGAUGGUGGUGAUCAUAUUCGAGCAUUCGUUAAAGCUUUGUUUCAACAAUGUGGUUUAGAUGAUCCAUUUGGACAUUUUUAUAAUGAAAUGGAUUCAUGGAAAUUAUGGGAACUUGAUCCAAAUCAAUCACGACGUGUAGGAAUAAAAGCACUUGCUUUUGAAUGGCUUCGACAAUGGAUACGAGCAUUUCGUACACAUAUUGAAGAAAUGCAUGUUCGAUUGAAGAAUGGUGAUAUACAUGUACAAAUAAGUAAUGCAACAUCAAGAGCUUUAACUGGUGAUACAUCAUUAUCAACAAGAUCAUCAGUUAAUGGUAAAAAUUUAACAGUAACAUUAGAUGCAUUACCACGUAUAAUUUCAAGUAAUAUAUCAUCAAUUGAAGUAAUUAAUUAUUUUGUUGAAAUAACUCAAGAACAAAUAAAUGAACGUAAUCAACCAAGAGAAAAACCUGAUAAUAAUACAAUUCUUGUUUUACCAAAAAUUAAUAAACCAACAGCACUUGUACGAUUGGGCGAAUCACAUACUGAUUUUCAUCGACCAAUUAAACGAAAUCCAAUUUAUCUUCCACAUGAACAUCGAUUUGAACCAGGUGAAUUUAGUAUGGGACGAUGUGUUAAUUAUCCAGUGAGAAAACUUUUUCUCGAUCCAUUUCGUCGCCAAAUUUUUACAGAAGAUAUUGAAUUUGAAGAUACUGAACCAUAUUUACUUACUCUCAAACUUGCACCAAAAUAUUUUCUACCAACUCUUUCACAAGUGACAAAAACUUAA